AUGGGAAAUGAAACGAGCUAUCAAGACCACCGCUUCCCCGUUCUGGCCUUCAAACGACUGCCAACAGGGCCAACACCGACGGACGCCUCAUCGCUGCCCAGUACCCCGCGUCGGGAAGGCUUCAUCAGACGUCAGGAGUCCUACCCGUCAGAGCCCGACUACACCGACAGCUCCGACAACUCCGUGGUGUAUCGGAGACGCGCAGCUGGCGGUGGCAACUCCACGCAUUGGCUACAGACCGUCCACGGUUCUGGAGGAACUCCUUCGAGCGAGAAGGGGUCUCUUCUGGACCUGCUGGUGAGGCGAAUAAGUCGACAGAACUUGGCCUCUUCGUCCGAUGACGACCAAGCCGGUGGGACCAAGGACAUGUCCUCCGCCACGAGUUUACAGGACUCCGUCUGUGAGAUUCUUGAAUCCUCUCAGCAACUCAGUGAGGCGGAAAAAGAACAAAUUAAACACGUGCUUAAUCGAGUUAGACAGGUGGAGCACAGAGAGGCGGAACGCGUAUCGUAA